AUGCUCCACGCCCUCCCCACCGCCAAUAAUAAUUCCUCCGCCGCCAUGACCUCCGCUGGCAAACGCCCCGCCGACCUCCCUCCCUCCAACCCCUCCGAGCUCACCAAGCGCCGCUGCUCCGGCCUCCCCGACGACGAUGCGACGCCGGACGAGGAGGACUCCGACGCCGCCGGCCUCCGCCUCCUAGGCCUCCUCCUCCGCUGCGCCGAAUGCGUCGCCUCCGACUGCCCCGACGACGCCGCCCUGCUCCUCCCGGAGGCCGCCGAGCUCUCCUCCCCCUUCGGCUCCCCCGCCCAGCGCGUCGGCGCGUACUUCGCCGACGCCCUCUCCGCCCGCCUCGUCUCCUCCCGCAUCGGCGCGUGCGCCCCCAUCUCCCCUCCCCCGAAACCCCGCCUCCAGCGCCUCCUCGCCGCCGUCCAGGCCUACAACUCCGCCGCCCCUCUCGUCAAGUUCGCCCACUUCACCUCCAACCAGGCCAUCCACCAGGCCCUAUCCUCCCCUUCCUCCUCCGAACGCGUCCACGUCAUCGACCUCGACGUGAUGCAGGGCCUCCAGUGGCCCGGCCUCUUCCACAUCCUCGCCUCGAAACCCCGCAAAAUCAGCUCCCUCCGACUGACCGCCCUCGGUCCCUCCUCCGACCUCCUCGCCUCCACCGGCCGCCGCCUCUCCGAAUUCGCCUCCUCCCUCGGCAUCCCCUUCGAAUUCCACCCCGUCCAGGGCAAAAUCGGCAGCCUCACAAACCCUAGCCAGCUCGGAAUCAAAUCGGGGGAAACCAUCAUCGUCCACUGGAUGCACCACUGCCUCUACGACGUCACCGGCAACGACCUUCAAACCCUCCGCCUGCUAACCCUAAUCAAGCCCAAGCUCAUCACCGUCGUCGAGCAGGACCUCAGCCACUCAGGCGGGUUCCUCGGCCGUUUCGUGGAGGCUCUGCAUUACUACUCUGCGCUUUUCGAUGCGUUGGAUGAUGGGCUUGGGCUUGGGCCUGGGCCCAAUAGCAUUGAGCGGCACACAGUAGAGCAGCAAGUGCUGGGAGGCGAAAUCAGGAAUAUUGUGGCAGUGGGUGGGCCCAAGAGGAAUGGAGAGGAAAGAGUGGAGAGGUGGGGGGAUGAAUUGGGCCGGGCCGGAUUCAGGCCCGUAUCACUGGCCGGAAGCCCGGCGGCACAGGCGGGCCUGCUGCUGGGAAUGUUUCCAUGGCGCGGGUACACGUUGAUGGAGGAUAAUGGGAGCCUUAAGUUGGGGUGGAAGGACUUGUCAUUGCUCACGGCAUCGGCUUGGGAGCCGUCGGAUUUAGAUUAA